AUGGAUUUUGUCAAGGGAGCGCCCAAGUGGGACUCUCCAUGGUAUAAAGACUACUUUUUCGCGCGACCCUCGUGGAUGUGCUAUUCUGGCGAUGCUGAGCCGCUUACGGGAUAUGCGGCUGGUUUGAAGGAUGAUUGGUGUGCGGCUACUCAGUUUCCUCAAUCAGUGAAGGAUCACGUUGUGCGCAUUGUGGAAGGCGUCCAAAUUCGCGUGAGGCAUAACGGUCCUGAGAGCAUUUAUCAACACGUUCGUGCUUUGUAUGGUCUGAGGGAGUUGGCGGACGCAAACAAACCUAAGAAGAGGAAGGCUGGAAAUACUACGAAGGCUGGAGGUGCGUCUGCGUCGGCAGCUGAGGCAAGGACAACCGCUCAAAUGGUUGCGCUUUCUCCAGUCCUGCUAGUCGUAGGCCCACCGGCGGCGAUUACUGCAGCGUCCGUUCACGUGACACGGGGUGCGGGGAAGCGGGUUUUAGAGCGUAGCAUUCCUAAGGUGGUGGCUAAGCGUGCCAAGCCAAGCUCUACGCAUGCUAAGGCAUGA